CUGAGGGAGCACAGGUAUAAAAGGAGGAGAUGCACCUCGCUGGCAGCCAGAGGACAGCCAGGGGAGAUCCAAGAGCAUCCUCCUUGCUCAGCACGUGUCUGGUCCCCAAGACCCCACAGAGGCAGCUCUAUAGAGAAGAAGUUGUAUUUGCAACAGGGGAAGGAAGCACCGGGGCAGGAGCCGAUCGAGGAAGCGCCUGUUUUCUAAGGGUGACUCCAAAGGGUGGAAGAUGCUGGGUAAGGCCACCCUGCUCCUGUUCCUGCAUUUAGUCACAUGCUCCAUCUCCUCUCCUCUCUACCCAGCUCUCAGGUACAGUCCAGGCCUGGUUACUGGCAAUGCCAUGAACUUCCAGCUACAGCAUAGCAGCCCGUUGCAGAGCCAUAACCCCUCAGCAGAGGAACAGGAGGAGGAGGGUUUAUUAACAGACCCCACUGAGAAAAGGACGCAGCGCCACGCGGAUGCCAUAUUCACUGACAACUACCGCAAGUUCCUGGGGCAGAUUUCUGCCCGCAAGUUCUUACAGACCAUCAUUGGCAAACGCCUCGGAAGCAGUGAGAGCAGUCCAGGACAAGGGGUGCACGGAUUCCUGACAAGGCGCCAGUCUGACAGCAUCCUGAUGGACAGCCGCUAUCACCAGCACAUGGUUCUGCUGGACUUCCUGGGAGCCAUUCUGCAGAAUCAGAGGCCUCAGGACAUCUCCAGCAGUCAGUUAGAAGGCUUUCCCAGCACCCUGGCUAAGCUCAUGUAAAUAUUUCUCCCUUUUUCAUCUCCCCAUGCUCUGAAAUUUAACCUGUCCAAUCAGCAAUACAAAGGGGCAUGGAGAGACCUCUGUGCAUACUGAAGGGGGUUGGGGGGGAGAAACUGUGCCUAUGGAUUCAGCUGGGAGAAUGUGGCCUUUCAGCAUCUCUUCUGUGAUGCUUCACUUGGUUACCUUUCCACAAAUAAGGUCAGCCAGGACAAGCCUCCAAAGAAUUAAAAGGCUUCUGUGUAUGCUCGCAAAGUUUCCUCAUAAUUCUCUUUUCCUCCUGCUUCUGUCUAGAAUAACUCAGAGCUCUUGAGCCUGACUGUACGGUAACCUCCACAGCAAGGAAGACAUUCCCAGGUGUGAGCAGCUCAAAACUGAUGCAUAAGCUCCUCAGAUCUGUCCAAAGGAACACAGUUCUGAUGCAUUGCUUCAUUUACUUCAGUCUUUACAGUCUCAAUGCCCUCUCUAAAUACUGGGCUGUGUAUUGAAUCAGACCAAAACACCACCUCCAUGGCUUAACCUUGAGCUGCUUUACAUACAAAAGCUAAACUAACCAGUACACUUGUGAUCCUGGGGACAUGCUGUCUACUGAUUAAGGCUUUUAAAUCACAAAGCAGAGCAGAAUUUCUGCCAAGUUAUCAUUCUGUUUGAGGGCCUGACUAAUGAAGCCACCCAAAGGCCCCUUUAGGCAACUUUGUACAUUGAUGUAGCCUCCUCUAAAUAGAUGCUGAUAGCACAACCACACACAGCUUGGAUCAGGGAGAGGCAAGACAUGAAUCCACAUGACUACCACCUAUUAGAAACACCGCUGUGGGCUGCUACUGUCUCCUUGGCAGCAACACUGAACUCUAAAAUGCUCAGUUAAAGUUCCUGCUCAGCCUUGAGGUGUCCAAACUGAAGCUACAGCUCUGCAAGAGUUAAAGGAGAUCCCUGUGCAUCAGAUUGGGCUGGCACUGUUUUAAAUCAACAGUGGCUCUGAAGUGGCAAGUUACAACUGUAAAUGUUUGUUAACCCAGUGCUCUCAUGCAGCUCCUUCCUUCCCUGUCACCCCAAUUCUGUUGUUUCUGUAAUAAUUAUGUCUUCAGAAAUGUAAAUAACAUCAGGAUGGGGGCUGCUUUUCCCCCAUUAGCAAGAAAUAAAAAUUGUUCUAAAUAAACCUG